AUGACCGUCAACCCAGAUUUCGAUAGACGCACUCGCACUCGAUACUCACAAGAGCUCGCUGCUUACACUCUCCGCCAAUUCUCUACUGCUCGCGCCCAGCUCGAUGAAGGAAAAAAGGAAGACAUAGCAAAACUCCCAGCUGCGUAUCAACGCGUCGUCAGUGCUGAGAAACUCUCAAGUCAUGGCAUGUCUAUUUUUGUGGGCUACCUGGCAUCCACUGAAGUUGAAAUUUAG